AAAUGUGGUUUCACAGUGCAUGUCAGACCUCGGAGUAAAUUAUGCUUUCCAAAAGUUAGGAGCUUCCAUGUUUCUUGGGCCACCAAUAAUUAUUACGUCGGCAAGGCAGGCCGACUUUUUCGAAGAAUUGGAAAGAUGGACUCGAAGACUCUGCGAAUUUGGUCAUUGCUCAAUGUCUGAUCUUGUAUCGGUGAAGUUGUCACCGAAAUCCACUGCCAGGGGUCAUGAUACUUACCCCUCAUUCCGAUUGUCGGCACUGCUUCCGAGAUAACGGCUUUUGCCCGAGUGGCAGCCCAAUACUCGUCGGACAACCUCGAAAUGGCAUCAUUCGUUUACAGUUUAUAUCAAAUGAUAAAGUUAGAUACCAAGUAAUCUGACAGAAUGCUUCCAAGAAGACCGUCAGCGCUUCGGUCAAUUCGUUUCGUGCGCCGGUCGUCAACCUUUUCCCAAGGUCUCUCAGGUCUCAAAAUCAACUCCGAUCGUCUUCAAGAAACUAUCCACCAUACGUGUCAAUGGGGAGCAGCUCAUCGAUAUGGCAGAGCUCCGAUUGAAACUGGCAUGGCCCGGCUGACUCUCUCAGAUGAAGAUGCCGCGGCGAGACGAUGGUUCGUGGAAGAGACACAAAAACUAGGCUGCGAUGUCAAAGUUGAUCAGAUGGGCAACAUUUUUGCUAGGCAAAGAGGGUCGCUAGGGUCGACUCUGCCCAUGACUGCAAUGGGCAGCCACUUAGAUACCCAACCCCAAGGCGGUAGAUAUGAUGGUAUACUAGGUGUCGUUGCCGGUAUCGAAGCAUUAAGAACGAUGAAAGAGAAUGGCUAUCACUGUAACUUUGAUAUUGGAGUUAUCAACUGGACAAAUGAAGAAGGCGCCAGGUUUCCGGGCACUACAGUCUCCUCCAAAGUUUGGGCUGGAGAAAUACCAAUUCAAACCGCUUGGGAUCUGAGAGACGUGUCAAAUUCCUCUAUCACCAUGAAGUCGGAACUCCAUAGACACGGAUACCUAGGGGAGAUUCAGUGUUCAGCAACUCAAGGUUACUCUAUAGGCGCACACUUUGAACUCCAUAUUGAACAAGGUCCUUUGCUGGAAUCCAGAGGGAGGAAGAUCGGGGUCGUUCGAGGUGUGCAAGCCUGCAGAUGGCUCACAUUCACCGUUGUCGGCCGGAGUGCUCACUCAGGUACAACUCCUUAUUCGGCAAGGAAAGAUCCCCUUUUAGCUGCGGCGAAGAUGAUUGCGACUUCGAAUGAGCUAGCACAGAAAUCCGGAGCUUUCGUGACCACAGGAAUCAUCAAAGUCCCUCCGGAAUCAUCGACCAACACAGUUGCUUCACGGGCAACGUUCACACUGGAUAUUCGCCAUCCGGACGACGACGUCAUCUCCGAGGUUCAAGAACAAUGUCUCGUUUUCUUCCAGGGAGUCUCUCGCGAGAACGGUGUGGAGCUGAGCUGGAACAUCGAUGUGGAUUCGUCUGCAACCACCUUUGAUGAGGAUUGCGUAUGGGCCGUCGAAACGGCGGCGAAUGGUAUCGUAGGUCAUGAUGGCUGGCUUCGCAUGACAAGCGGCGCGACGCACGAUAGUGUCAAUACCAGCAGACAUUGUCCGACGACGAUGAUAUUUGUGCCUUGCAAAGAUGGAGUCAGUCAUCAUCCAGAAGAGUACUGUAGCCCGGAGGAUUGCGCCUUGGGAGCGCAGACUCUCCUCGAUGCUGUCAUCAUAUACGACGACAUGAGACUAAGAAAGCUGCAGUGAUUGACGCUUUUCGGAUAUAUCAGGACUUGUUUGCUUA